AACUCAAAACUCAAAAAGCAGCAGCCAGCAAACAUGGCUCCUUUUUCAUUUCCAUUUUGAAACUUUUCUCUCAAAAAAAUACUGAGUUUACUCUUUCUAAGUAAAGCCCUCCGAUUUCGUGCUUUUUACUUCUUUGCCAUUUUGGAAGAACGUUCCCUUUUCGUUUCAAUGGGAGACUUAAAGAGGAAAAGAGGCCGAAAACCUAAAAAUGCGGUGUCGGACUCCGGCGGCGGCGCCGAAACAGCCAUGGACGAAGGCUUAGUUUCUGCAAACCCUAUCGAAACCGCCACCAACGGCGACACACAAACUCACCGCCGUGGCCGUGGUCGCCUGAGGAAAGUCGAAGAAGUAGUUGACAGGGAUAUUGCGGCGUCACCGGAGAGACGAGGCCAUCGGUUUGCCGAGCACAACAACGGCGAACUCACCGCCACAGUAUUGAGUGGCGACUUGAGGCAUGUCGUGGAGUUGGCUACCGCAGCGGCGAAGGCGGCACCGUUGAUGGAUGCGGUGGUGAAAGUGUUCUGCGUGCACACGGAUCCGAAUUUCUCGCUUCCGUGGCAGAGGAAGAGACAAUACAGCUCUAGUAGUAGUGGUUUCAUAAUUAGUGGAAAAAGAGUGCUCACAAAUGCUCACUCUGUGGAGCAUCAUACUCAAGUUAAGCUCAAGAAACGUGGCUCUGAUACAAAAUACCUAGCUACUGUACUCUCCAUUGGAACUGAGUGUGAUAUUGCAAUGUUAACUGUGAAUGAUGAUGAGUUCUGGGAAGGAGUAUCACCUCUUGAGUUUGGGGAUUUGCCUGCACUGCAAGAUGCUGUAACUGUUGUUGGAUACCCUAUAGGAGGAGAUACGAUCUCUGUGACUAGCGGUGUUGUCUCGCGCAUUGAGAUACUAUCUUAUGUUCAUGUGUCGACCGAGCUCCUUGGAUUGCAGAUAGAUGCUGCCAUCAAUUCUGGAAAUUCUGGUGGACCCGCGUUCAAUGAUAAGGGGAAGUGUGUAGGUAUUGCAUUUCAAUCCCUUAAGCAUGAAGAUGCCGAGAACAUCGGUUAUGUCAUACCAACUCCAGUAAUUAUGCAUUUCAUCCAAGAUUAUGAGAAGAAUGGAGCAUAUACAGGAUUUCCUGUCAUUGGAGUUGAAUGGCAAAAAAUGGAAAAUCCUGACCUCCGCCAGUCGGUUGGUAUGGCACAUAAUCAGAAGGGUGUCCGGAUCCGAAGAGUUGAGCCUACGGCCCCAGAAUCUAAUGUUCUUAAGCCUUCGGAUGUUAUCCUUAGCUUUGACGGAGUUGAUAUAGCCAAUGAUGGAACAGUACCGUUCAGGCAUGGAGAGCGCAUUGGUUUCAGCUAUCUUGUUUCUCAAAAAUAUACUGGAGACGAUGCUCGAGUGAAAGUUCUUCGUAAAUCUAAGACUCUAGAAUUCAAAAUAAAGCUUAAUGCACAUAAACGAUUGAUUCCAGCUCAUAUCAAGGGAAAACCUCCUUCUUACUACAUUGUCGGUGGAUUUGUUUUCACUGCUGUUUCUGUACCAUAUUUACGUUCAGAGUAUGGAAAAGAUUAUGAAUUUGAUGCUCCAGUUAAGUUGUUGGACAAACUCCUACACGCAAUGGCACAAUCAAUUGAUGAACAACUGGUUGUGGUUUCUCAGGUGCUUGUGGCUGACAUCAAUAUUGGUUAUGAAGAACUAGUAAACACUCAGGUUCUUGCUUUCAACGGCAAGCCUAUAAAAAAUCUGAAGAGCUUGGCUAACAUGGCGGAGGCCUGUAAAGACGAAUACAUGAAGUUUGAUCUUGAUUAUGAUCAGAUUGUUGUACUGCAGACUAAAAAUGCAAAAGCGGCAACAUCAGAUAUUCUUGCAAUGCAUUGUAUACCUUCAGCCAUGUCUGAUGAUCUGAAGACAUGAGAGCUGUUAUCGAAGCCCAGGAAUCUCCGCAUUCACCUUUUCUCCUCUUUGAGCUACUUUUUUGUGUUUCUACUCCUAUUAUCUUUGGUCAAUUUGCAUAGAUUGUGGAGUUUCUACUGGCAACUGUGGUGUCAUCGAUGGCCUCUCCAUAAGAGAGUUCCUGUUCUUUUACCUGCAAUAGGAACUGAACAGAUGCAAUGAAGUUUUGGUACCUGUUUUUUUCCCCUGAGUGCGCAGUUCAAAACAUGGUAGAUAAUGGGCUCGUCCCUUUGCCCUUCUCCACUUAAAUACCUACCUAUUACAGUGCAUUCCUGAGAUACAAGUGGAGAGCGCUGUUUCUCCACUCGUGGCUUUGAGUACUUUAAAGCCCACAUAGAAUGUGGUUCAGAACUCAGAAGUCCUAUCAGGAGAAGAUCACUCUGCUGCACUCUCCCCCUCAGGCCGCCUUUCAUUUCUACCUAUACGAACUAUGUUCUUGUAGAAAACAUACCUUUAUGUGCUUGUAGGAUUUACUUUUCGAUAUACUUUAGCUUACGCUUGUUGCCUGCGAACUGCAUAAUGAUGACUUGAGGUCAUGAACAUCUAACUUAUCUACCUUUUUGUGUUGUAUUCAUUUUUUGUACUCUUUAACACGGGAAACUUUUUUAGCUGAA